GUUGUUCCUCAUCCAGUCCGGUGCAGUGUUUGCAAAUAACGUGAACGCGAGAGAGAGAGAGAGAGAGAAGGAGAAGAAGAAGCGAGGGGGGGACUGACGGACGGACGCUCGUCUCCUGCUGCCGCUGCUGAAAACAAGCGCUUCUUCGUUUGCAUCGCAGGGGAUCGCCGCUCUCCUUCUGCUUCUCACCGGAGAAAAAUAUUAAAGUGCAGCUGAAUAGUUUUUUUUUUAAAACAAGCUCGGGAAAAAAAUGGAUGUUCUACCCAUGUGCAGCAUCUUUCAAGAACUUCAAAUAGUUCACGACACGGGCUAUUUCUCAGCCUUACCGUCACUGGAGGAGUACUGGCAGCAGACAUGUUUGGAGUUGGAGCGCUACCUGCAGAGCGAGCCUUACGUCUCCACGUCCGACCUCAAGUUCGACGGCCAGGAGGACCUCUGGAGCAAGCUGAUCUUGGCCUGCGGGGACAAGGCCAAGGCCGAGUCCGACCCAAAGCUGCCCGCGGCCCACGAGGAGGACAAUCAGGACAGCCAAAUCUUGGACACCAACAGUGUGAAUUCAGACGCCAGCAGCGAGGCCUCAGACAGUUCUGAGGAGCUCUCGCCCACGCACAGCUUUACCUUGAACCCUCUGGUUGCCUCUAGACCUCGUAGCCCUUCCAUCAUUAGCACUCCCCCGUCCUCACCGGAGGCCAACUCGGAGCCCAGCGCUGUGACAAGCAGCUGGGGCGGCACGCACGCCGAGUUGCACUUGCCUGUCAAAAUUAGGAGCGGCGGGGUGGCAAAGAGUUCGGACAAGACGGGACUCAUCUGCGGGGACGCGUCUCCAGACGGCAGGAGGCGAGUACACAGGUGUCACUUCAACGGGUGUCGCAAGGUUUACACGAAGAGCUCCCACCUUAAAGCACACCAGCGCACUCAUACAGGUGAGAAACCGUACAGGUGUUCGUGGGAGGGCUGCGAGUGGCGUUUUGCACGAAGCGACGAGUUGACCAGACACUUCAGGAAGCACACCGGGGCAAAGCCAUUUAAAUGCAGUCACUGUGACAGAUGUUUCUCCAGGUCUGACCAUCUGGCUCUUCACAUGAAGAGGCACAUCUAGAGCAGGGAAGGCACCAACCGAGCAACGCAGCGAAGGAGAAAGUUUUUAAAAGAAAAAAAAAAACAAACGCCGUCUCCCGACCAGUCUCUUGGUUGAACUGUCCCAGAGCAGAGUGGCGGGAGUGUGUUCCAGCCAAAGCAUGCCGUUUUGCACCAUACUGAAACCCAGUGCCUCCGGGACCUCUCUUUGGAGAAAGGCGCUCUGAAGGUUGUCUGUUGCAACAAGAGGACAAAAUCAUGGAUGGGGAAGAAUUUGUUUUAAUUGAGCAGGACUUACAACACAGACAAAAGACAAAAAAAAAAAAAAGAUAAAAGACACACAAAACAAAAAGAGUGAAUGAUUUGUAUGUAUGGUGCAUGAUGUUUUGGGGACAUCUCCCGGACAGCAGAUACACUGGUACUUUACAAAACUGUCUGAGGUAAGCAUGUGUGCACUGUGAAUGUCUGCGAUUGGCCGACUGGCCCCCCUGGAUAGAGCGAGGAAGAGAGGAUUUUGGGGAGAAGCGAUGGAUUGAUGGAUGGCGCGGGGCUGGUACCAAUGUUGCUGUGGACUGAAUGGGUUUCUGGGAGAAACAUUCCACUUGUGUUUCCCCGGCGGCAGUGUGAGGAUGAGGCAGGGAGGAAGUUCCUGCCUGUCUGCCUGUCUGUUUGUCUGUCUGUCUGUCUGUCUGGCACCCAGACUGGGAGGGGGGGUGGGGGGGGGGUCUGAAGCUUUUGAGGCCUCGGGUUUGACCAGGGACAGAGACAGAGGGUUGACGUGUCAGAUUCUGGUCUGUGACCCAGGGACCAAAACUCCCCCCCCCCCCCGUUCCCCCCGGUCACUGUAUGACAGGAGCUUUUUUGGUGUUUUUGGUGCAGCUACUAAAUGUGCAAUGUGUUAUGUAGCCUGGUUUAUUAUUUUUUUACAAGCUACAAAGCUCAUUUGUAGUCCAAUUGUAUAAGCUGUGUGCUUAGAGGUAUAACACAACUAUACUAUAACUUCAGUAUCAUAGACAGGUGUUGCAUGGUUCUAGGGUUUGUUCAUUUCCUGUUUCCACUGUAAUCAGGACUGCAAAUAGUUUCAAUAAAAGUGCAGCUAAAAUGCGAACGGUUAAAUGUUACAAUACUGUACAUAAAGCCUUGAUGAUUUCCUCUUAUUUUUACAACGUCACCCGUUUCCUUCAUUCUGCUUUUUCAUCUGGCUGGAGAUUUCACCACUGCUUGCUAACUUUCUCAUUCAUCCUUUGCCUUGAGGACUAAUUUUGAUUUUUGUACUUUCUUUUCUAUCUAAUAAUGCACUGUUGACCUUAAUGGUGCCUUAUGCAAGUGACUCAGCCCCGGUGGUAGCGGUUGUUUUGCUCCCCUCGGGAAGUCACAUUUGUCGUAUGGGUGAUUUGACAAGCUUGAUCAAGGCUCAAUUACAAAUUAACUCGCACCUCUUUGUGUGUAAUGAAAGUCGCCUGCAUCUUCUCCGAUGGUUAAUUGUGUUGUUAAAAUGUAAAUGUUCAGAAAAGAAUCUUUUCUCAGUCGAUUGAUUUUUCUGUUUAUUUCUUUUUGGGGUUUUUUUUUUUUGAGCCGGAGAAUCAGUUCAGUUGUUUAGCACAUUCAAAUGAGUCAGAACGUGUAAAUACCACAAAUGCUGUAUGUUUAGAGCACUUACAUUCAUUUAUUAAAGAUGUUAACUACUGUGUAGUAUGUACUGAAGUCCAUCACACACAGCUCUAAGGUACAAAAUAACCAGACCAGGUGAACAAAACAGUUUUUUUUUUUAAAUAGUUCAGUCAGUUCAUACAGUGCUGCUCCUUUAUCCUGUAUCCCUCCCCACCACUAUGACAAACAUCCUCUCCUCCCUGUCCCCACCCUGUCCCGUCCCGUCCCUCCAUCCAUCCCUGCAAGUGGGGACCGAAGAAAAAGCUAAAGAUUUAUUGUAAUUAACAGGCUGCAGUCGGACAGGCCUCGCCUUGUACUGCCUCUCAGUAAUGAAUUGCUAAAGGCUUUGUUGGCAUGGAAUCUGUCACAGACUGCUGACUGUGUAGGUUGGUUAUUGACCUGUCUGGGGAGCGUUGUUUUAGCCAAGCUGCAACAGUAUUAUGAAAACCACAGGAGCGAGGGGGCGGGGACUCUCAGGAGGAGAUAAAGAUCGAGCGUUGAUGUUGCACAUGGAAAUUUGGAAAGAAAAAAACAAAACAAAACAAAAGCCCAUGAUGGUAUCUCCCCUAAAACGUUUGCUCGAUGUUACCGGAGGUGGAGGGAGACGGAUACUCGACAGAAGGUGGAGACUGAAAUAAUUGUAGGGAUUAUUCUUAUUACUGCUCCGGGAUAAAGUGAUCUCUGUGCCACCCACUCCAGAUCAGCGACCUCGCUGUAGGAAUUCGAUGUUGCAGCACGCUGUGCCGUGGCAUGCUAAGACAUAUGGAUUUCAGGUCAGCGGGUGAGAGAGACAGGAUGAGCACAGACUUGAAAGUGCUUGCUGCGAUAGAUUUGGGAGAGCUGGCACGGCCUUCAGCGGCCACAGAGAAGCUGCAUCCAUUCUGUGAAAACCGCAGCCGACACUCUGCGAGUGGUAAUUGAGCCUUGAUUUAGCCUCGUGUUUGCUCGCAUCUUUUACACUUUCCAUCAUCUUUUUCAUCCCACUACCCUUCCAACUCUUCUGUCACACACACUCACACACACACACAGUCUCACACACACAGACACACACACACAGCUCUUUGUUCUCAACUGAAUCUUUGUAUAAAAAGGAAAAAAAACAACUUUUGUAAAAUUGUUAUGUUUUUGCUUUAUGAAAUUUUUAUUUGAAAUUGUUUUGCAAAAUUGUUAUAUUUCUGUAUGAAUGUAUUUUUUAUUGGAAUAAUAAGAAAUUCUUAUCUGA